AUGGCGAUGGAGUCGAACACGGGGUUUCACCACGACGAAACUUUCGGGUACGGUUUGAACCGACACGCGAUAUCAUUCCAGUCUGGGGCCAUAAACAGCACCUCGGAUAUGAUUCCGAUGGGGAAUUACUUUGGGACGGAUGGGGGCAUGAUGUUCUCUGCGAAUUCGGGUAUCAUUAACAACAACCCUGUAAUUAGUCAAUCUGGGAAUUCAUCAGGUUCUCUUCUUCUCGAUUCGGUGCCCGGGCUCAAGCAUGACACAGGCUUGGCCGUUGAGUGGUCUGUGGAGGAACAAUACAAAUUGGAGGAGGGCCUUGUCAAAUAUGCCGAGGAACCAAGUAUUAUGAGGUACAUAAAGAUUGCGGCAACAUUGCGUGAUAAAACUGUGCGUGAUGUUGCUUUGAGGUGUAGAUGGAUGACGAGAAAGCGUAGGAAACCUGAAGAACAUAUUAUGGGAAAGAAGGGGAACAUUAGGAAGGAUAAACUGAUGGAGUCUUCCUCAAAGACAAACAUACUGUCAGCUCCACCACUAGACAUGGCUGCAUAUUCUCUUAUGGUGCACCAUAUGGACCAUAAUGAGCGUUUGCAUUGUGAAGGAAUAAAUGGCACAGCCAAGCAUCUGUUGGAGCAAAAUGCUCAAGCUUUUAGUCAAAUCACAUCUAAUCUUUCUACAUACAAGUUACAGGAAAACAUUGACCUCUUCUGCCGCACGAGGAACAAUAUAACUUCAAUCCUAAAUGACAUGAGAGGUAUGCCUGGCAUAAUGAGCCGAAUGCCACCAUUGCCUGUAUCCAUUAAUGAGGAGCUUGCUAAUAGUAUCUUGCGUAAUACAACUUAG